AUGAACACCCAUAGACACUCAUCCACGAAUAGGGACAGAGAUCUGACGUUGCAUAACAAAAGAUGGACUGUUCCCAGUGAUAACAGCGCUGUGCCUGAGAUUCUCCUUGAGGCUGGCGACACCAACGACACCAACGACACCGAAGUCACUGUCAGUCGGGACGUGGCAAUGGAAGACCCUGGAUUCAUUCACAUCGCCGACAGCGACGACGACGAUUUCGCCGAGAUCUCUACUCGAAGGUCAAUCUACGGUAAACUCAUCAUGAGCGGGAGCUGGAGUGGGCGCAUCAGAGACCGUUGUAGUGGUGGCAAGUUACUCCCUUUGGCGGCGGCCGGUGGCCACCAGUGA